AUGUUCCUCGUUAGUCAAUUAGCGUACGACCUAUACUCGACUGUCAGCUCAGGAAGGAAGUCAGCCUCGCGGGACCUGGAAGAGCUCGAAGAGGUGCUAUUCAGUCUAAAAUGCGCUUUGGACCACCUCAAAGAUGUCUCUAACGAUGUGAUCGCACGACCAGGGCUCCAAAGUCGCGACGCGGGAUUCAAAGAGAAGCUUGAUGUGAUGAUCGGCUCUUGCGCUUCAACACUACAGGAGCUAGAUACAGUAACGAAGAAGUACCGUCUCGUCGAAGGUGAGGCAGGUAGAGAGAAGAAUAACCUGCGCACGCUGGAAGAUGUGAAGAAGAGCAUCCGAGUCAACUGGCAGAGGGUACGGUGGGACCGCGAGAAGCAGUCGCUGCAACAAUACCGAGAAAAGCUCAGGUCGCAUACUGAUGCGAUAAACCUCAUCCUGACCUCAGCGCUCUGGGCGACUGUUGCUUCUGCUGGCGAAAGUAGCAAGAAGAACCACGAAAAAACACAGUCUUUGCUGGGUAACUUGUUGCGCAACCCAGCUGUAGAUGCGAAGUCCGGAGCGAUGGUGAAAGAGAUACACGCGGUACUUAUGAAACCGAAUCCAGAUCCAGAAGGAGUUCAGAUGGAAGCGAUACCAAGUGUGGAAUCGGCUGAAAACGAGGUCGAUGUUACUGCAAAUCCAUUGAGCGGCUCAUUGUUUGGUGAAUCAUCUGGUCCCAUCGAGGAUCACGGCAAGGGGCUGCCUUCAAUGACCAUUUAUGCGUUGUCUGCUUUGCCGCGCGGAACGCCCAAAACAGAUGCACAUAUCAGACCUAUCUCAACAGGAGUAUCCGUGCGAGGUUUUCGCGGUGUGACGUCUGGGAAAGAUCAGCCCGAUACGGAGAGUACAUUUCGUCAUGAGCGUCUGAUAGGUCAUGCCGAGCUACCAGCGGCCACUGUCCAGCUCAACAACAAACGCCGUGCCUUCGGAGCAAAAGAGUACGAAGCCUUCAAAAAGCUCCACGCACAACCGACGAAAGUCUCAAAGCCGUAUUUCCUGACGAGUGUGGCGCCUACAAACCAGGAGCUGCAAGACUCCAUACCGCAUAUCUUCCAAUCGACAGCAGAGGGUAAACAGCAGACGCAAGAGCUGAAAAACGAGAUAACUCGCUGGACGCAUGAGUUCUCCCGCUUCGUCAACGACACGAAAGCAACUCAGGCAAAUAAAGACGGGCAUGUCUUGACCUUGUUGGGAGCGCUGAACGAGGCAGUAGACAGCAGCACUGAAAAAUCUCGACAGCUGUUCUAUGACACUUCGGACUCGGCGGGCUUCGCAGCUGUGUUAGACCGAAUAGCAACUGUGUCGAAAAGUGUGAGAGUAAUGAAAGAGAUUGAAGAGUUCCAGGAUGCCAAAGAGGAAUGGUCGGAGCAGACUGUCAGAUAA